AUGGCAAGCCUGGUGGAUGAGGUAAAGGAUCCACUCGAAAGAUGGCUGGCACGGAAGAAGACGCGCCAGAACCACCGACGCAGUCCGCGCGGACUGUCGUUUACAGAUGCGAAUGUGAAUGGGUACACCGAAGCGACGCAGUUUCAGCACACGUUCGCGAGCUAUAUCCGGCUUCUCCCAAUCUAUCUGAAAGUCCUGCUGGGAAUGGGCCAGCGACAGAAAGUGCGGAUUCUGCGGCAUCUGGAUGGCCUGGUCCGGCCGGGGGAGAUGCUCCUGGUGCUAGGGCGCCCAGGAAGUGGCUGUACGACGUUCCUGAAGACUAUGGCUGGUGAUGUUCACGGACUGGAAGUGGAUGAGGGCAAGAUUAAUUACCAGGGAAUCUCGUUCACCGAGAUGCACUGCAAAUUCCGGGGCGACAGCAUCUACCUGGCCGAAAAUGAUGUCCACUUUCCCGAGUUGACGCUGGGGGAAACGCUGUCCUUUGCCGCCGAGAUGAGACCACACGGGGAGUUGUCUGCGAGAGAGGUCGGUCCCCUAUCAGCCGCCAUCUUCGGACUGGAGCAAUCACUGCAUACGCAAGUCGGGAAUGAGAUGGUUCGUGGACUCAGUGGGGGCGAAAAACGACGAACGAGUAUUGCAGAAGCCUUUCUUAGUAGAUGUCCCAUUCAGUGUUGGGAUAACAGCACACGCGGACUAGACAGUGCGACGGCGCUGAAUUUCGUCCGGAUGCUGCGCCGCGCCACGGAUACCUUGAGGUCGACAGUUAUGACGACCAUCUACCAAGCACCUGAAGUUCUGUACCAGAAAUUCGAUAAGGUGCUACUUCUGUAUGAGGGGCGCCAGAUAUAUUUUGGACCUACCGAAGAGGCUGCGGAAUACUUCAUCCGCUCGGGAUUCGUCCGCCCCGCGCGCGCGACGACGGCGGAUUUUCUGACCUCGUUAACCAACGCGAACGAACGCAUUGUACAGCCUGGCUUCGAGGCUCGAGUGCCCCGGACGCCGGAUGAGUUUGCUGCGGCGUGGCGGAGAAGCCCUGAGUCGCAGGCUGUGAGGAAGGAGACGGAAGAGUUCAGCCGAUUGCAUCCUCCUUUAAACCAAGGAAGUCGUCAUCCUGCGGUCUACCCAACGACCAUUGUCCAUCAGAUUCGCACCUGUGUGGACAGAGCCUUCGUCAGGUCACGGCAUAAUGUGCCAGGACUCGUCUCUGGAGUCGUCGGCAACACCAUCCUCGCCAUCAUUUUGGGAAGCGUGUUUUACAACCUCGCAGAGAAUACGGACAGCUUCCAAGCCCGCAGCAUCCUGAUCUUCUACGCGACAAUGAUGAACUCCUGUCUUCCGGCGUUUGAAGUCAACAGUUUGUGGGCGCAGCGGCCCAUUGUCGAAAAACACACCCGCUACGCCUUCUACCACCCCGUGGCAGAAGGCAUCUCGUCAAUACUAGCCGAUUUACCCGUCAAGGUCGUCACCUCACUCUUCUUCAACGUAUGCAUCUAUUUCCUGACCAACCUGCGGCGCAGCACCGCAGCAUUCUUCAUCUUCUGGUUAUUUGGCUUCGUGGUCAUGGUGACCAUGUCCAUGAUCUUUCGCUCGGUCGGGUCUCUAUCACGUACCUACGCUCAGUCUCUGGCCCCGGUGUCGAUCAUGAUUUUCAACUUCAUUAUUUAUGCCGGCUUUGUUAUUCCACCGCACUACCAAGUCCCCUGGCUCAGUUGGAUCAGGUGGUUCAACCCCAUCGCUUAUGCCAACGAGAGCCUCAUGAUCAAUGAAUUUCGCAACCGCCAAUUUCCCUGCUCUGCCACUGUGCCGUCCGGACCAACGUACAGUGACAGUAGUAUGAACGGCAAGGUCUGCUCAGCAAUCGGGAGCGUGCAUGGUGAAUCUUCUGUGGAAGGGAAUCAGUUCCUGAAGCUCAAGUAUGGCUAUACUGUAGAUCAUCUGUGGAGGAAUCUCGGAAUUCUCUUUGCUUUGAUGGUCAGCUUCUGUGUUGUUCAUCUUCUCGCUGCGGAGUAUAUCCAGGCGGAAAAGUCCAAGGGCGACAUCCUCCUCUUCCGUCGGAAAGACCUCAGUCACCGAUUACCGGGGGACGAGGAGAGCGUCCAGGGCUCGAUACAGACCAAAGGAAUUACCGAACAUCGUCCGAGCCCAAGGCGAGGGUCCGAUGUACUUAUUGAAGGGCUAGCGAAGCAGUCGUCGGCCUUUUAUUGGAGCAAUGUAGGGUACGAGGUCCAAGUGGGCAAGGGAUUGUCUCGAAUCCUUGAUGGAAUCGACGGCUGGGUGGCUCGGGGCACUCUAACAGCCUUGAUGGGAUCAACAGGAGCUGGGAAGACCACUCUGUUAGAUGUACUGGCCAACCGGAAGUCCGUUGGAAUCGUUCAUGGCGAUGUCCGCAUUGACGGAAGGCCGCGAGACAGAUGCUUUCAACGCAAGACGGGAUACGUGCAGCAAGCCGACAUCCAUCUGCGCUCGGCAACGGUCCGUGAAGCUCUCCAAUUCAGCGCCCUCCUCCGACAGCCCCGAGAUCGGUCAAGGGCGCAAAAGCUUUCCUACGUGGACACGGUACUGAAUAUGUUGGAGAUGGAGUCGUACGCAGAUUCGGUCGUGGGAGUACCCGGGAAAGGCCUCAACAUCGAGCAACGCAAGCGAUUGACCAUUGCAAUAGAAAUGGCAGCCCGGCCAGAGCUUCUACUCUUCCUGGAUGAGCCCACGUCGGGCCUUGAUAGUCAGACAGCCUGGUCAAUCUGUAUCCUGUUGCGCAAACUCGCAGACAACGGGCAAGCAAUCUUGUGUACUAUCCAUCAACCAUCAGCAGAGCUCUUCCAGAUGUUUGAUCGACUUCUCCUUUUGAAAGGAGGUGCCCGGUAUCCAGAAGAAGGGGAGAACCCAGCAGAGUGGUUGCUUGAGGUGACGAGUUCGUCAUCUGCCCCGGAGUGGUCUGAGAUCUGGAGUAAAAGUGCGGAGAGAGAAGCUGUCCAGCUACAGAUCGCAAGGUUGGGGACGGAUGCUCAGAAGUCGGAAGGUGUGCAAGAGACGACGACGUCCACCACCACCCUGGGUGUUGAAGACCAUGACUACGCAGCCCCGUCUCUGCAGCAAUUAUGGCUUGUCACCUAUCGGAUGUUUCAAGAUUACUGGCGAGAUCCGACAUAUCUCUACUCCAAACUUGCCCUAUGUGUUGGUGCAGCUCUGUUCAACGGACUCUCCUUCUGGAUGCUCCACAAAGAUGUUCAGGGACUCACCAGUUCGCUCUUCUCCUGCUUUCUUCUGACGAUCAUCUUCAACACGGUCGACCAGCAGAUCAUCCCGCGCUUCAUUGACAAUCGUGAUCAGUUUGAGGCCCGUGAAAAGCCGUCCAAAACAUAUAAUUGGAUUGUCUUCGUCGCCGCCAACAUGAUUGUAGAGCUUGUAUGGCAAUCCCUGACCUCGGUGCUGGUUUUUGUGGCGUGGUACUAUCCAACUGGAUUCUGGCGGAACGGCCUAGAUGAUGGCAACUUCACCAUGAGUCAACGAGCAAUUUUGGUCUUCCUUCUGAUCUGGCUCUUCUUUGUCUUCUCGUCCACGCUCUCCCAGGCGAUCGCCGCUGGAAUGCAGGACUCUCUCACUGCCGUCAACAUCGCCAACCUCCUUUUCACGCUCUGCCUGAUCUUCUGCGGUAUUCUCGUGCAGCCCGGCGCAUUACCGAGAUUCUGGAUCUUCAUGUAUCGAGUAAGCCCGGUGACAUACCUGAUGGAUGGGAUGAUUAUCGCGGCUCUCGCAAAUACGAAGCUUCAUUGUGCGACGAUUGAUCUACUUCGGAUCACAUUGCCCGCGAACGCGACAUCCUGCGGCGACUACAUGACUGCCUACGUGAGCACUACGGGUGGAAUGGUGUUGAAUCCCAACGCCACGGUCGGGGACUGCCUGUUCUGCUCGGUGGCAGAUACAAACUCGGCGCUCGAAGCCUUGGGUAUCGAUAUAACCGGCCAAUGGAGGGAUCUGGGUUUCCUGGCUGUGUAUGUGGUGGUGAAUAUAACUGCGACGUUCUUCCUGUACUGGGUUGCAAGGGUGCCGAAGGGCACGAAGCAAGCGUGA